GAUGGAGUGUCCUGUGCUUGACUCUACGGAGGCUGCGGGCGGUGGAGGGGCCGGGCCAGGCGACAGCUCGGAGGAGCGGGAGGGUCGGGAACCGGACAGAGUGUGCUUCGACCGCGAGAGGGCGCGCCGUCUGUGGGAAGCAGUGUCCGGGGCCCAGCCGGUGGGGAGGAAGGAAGUGGAACACAUGAUCCAGAAGAACCAGUGUCUCUUCACCAACACCCAGUGUAAGGUUUGUUGUGCCUUACUGAUCUCUGAGUCCCAGAAGCUGGCACAUUACCAGAGCAAAAAACAUGCCAACAAAGUGAAGAGAUACCUAGCAAUCCAUGGAAUGGAGACAUUAAAGGGGGAAACGAAGAGGCUAGACUCAGAUCAGAAGAGCAGCAGAAGCAAAGACAAGAACCAGUGCUGCCCCAUCUGUAACAUGACCUUUUCCUCCCCUGUUGUGGCCCAGUCGCACUACCUGGGGAAGACCCACGCAAAGAACUUAAAGCUGAAGCAGCAAUCCACUAAGGUGGAAGCCUUGCACCAGAAUAGAGAGGUGAUAGACCCAGACAAGUUCUGCAGCCUCUGCCAUGCAACUUUCAACGACCCUGCCAUGGCUCAACAGCAUUAUAUGGGCAAGAAACACAGGAAGCAAGAGACCAAGCUCAAACUCAUGGCACAUUAUGGGCGACUGGCGGACCCUGCUGUCACGGACUUACCAGGUCACCAAAAACUGGCCAGGUGCCAGUACAAAGGCAGGCCAUCCCAAAGGACUCAAGCACGUUGGAAGAUCAGCCAUGAGCCAGCUUCCGGUGACAGUUCAGCCCUUGGCUCCCUCUUCUUUCCUACACAGUACAUCAGGAGAAUGUGCGGGCCUGAUGCCAGACUGGGCUGCAGACAGUCCAGGAAAAUCCACUCCUGGUUCUAUCUUUUAGUAUGGGCCCUGUAGGUCAUGACAGAGGAGGCAGAGAUUGUGGGAAGACUUCAAUGGUAGUUGGGGGUCAGCUUUCCCCAGCCCCACUGGGCCACAGUUUCAGUGCCUGUUUUUCCUCUGAAAGUCAGUUUGGAGCCAUUUCCCAGUUCAAGUGCAAAGCUGUCCUUGGACUUCAAGCAUCUCCUGGAAAACCUAGAGCCUACCUGUAGACUUUGCCUGGGCAGGAAAUAAAUGGCAGAGUCUGCCACAGGGAAGCUUGGAGCUGAUGUGACACUCCCCCUCCCUCCAACGUGUGCAGACCUUCCUGAGUCUUAGGCCGAUGGUACAGAUUCUGCCAACUGUCAAGUCUCCUGGAGCACGACAUGGUCCUGAUGGAGUGCUGCCAUCCCUGCUGCUCAUCUCCACAGUCCCUGAAUGGUGCUAAGGACCAUCUGCAGCAGCUGGGGACAGGCUGGAGCUCCAGGAGGCCUCAAUGCCCAGAGGGAUCAUGGAAAACACUAAUGAGGGUCUUUUUCCUAUAUCAGAAGAUCCCUGGCCCUGGGUCAUAUGAGAAAGUCCACCACCUGCCACUUUCUAGAUAGUUUUGUGCCCUUAAAUGAACCUGCCUCACACCAGCCAGCUGAGAAGUUAAUUUGCCCUUAAGCCUCUCCUUCCCCUUGUACAGAGGCCCCUCCAGACACCCAGGUUGCCUUGGUGCUAUCCUUCCUUCAUCAUCCAGAAGAGAUCCCUGGGUAGCAGGCAGCCAGAGGUGCCCUACAGAAAUAAGUGGAGAGUGGGUACCAGUUUCUACAGUGAGGACUCAGAUGUCCACAGACCCUAAACCUAGAUUUCUCUCAACUCUGCUGUUUUGUCAUCUGGGAUUUUAUUCGGUGAAUUUUUCCAUGUAACGUUGGAGAAUGAAUUCCAGAAGUAUUGUCAUCUUGGGCCUUUCUUCAUUGAGUUACAAGAACCCAGCUGCUAUUAUGGCCUCUCCAUACCCACCCUACACACAUUCCUUAUUGCUUUGCCUGUAAAAUACCUUUGCAUACUGUGUGUGUGCAUGUGUACACUCACACUCAAUCUCUUGGUCACUGAAGCAUCCAAAAAGAGAAUUUCUUCCAUGAGUCACAUUGCAGGUUCACAGACCUGGGGUUUGGAGCCAUAUUGCCAUUGGACCUAGUAUGUCCAUCCUGACCUCUGACCCCUCUAGUCCUCAUCUCCAGUAAUGAUCUGAGGAGUUGGUACAGUCACGUUGAUUGGCACUGUAGUUAACAGCCUUCCUGAUGCCCUAAACUCAGCAGAACACUGCUUAUCCACCUCCCUCUUUCAUGUAGGCCUCCUGGAGGUCUUUGGGCAAUAUAAGUUUUAGGAUUUGAUUUAUGCUUGAAAGAGUCCUGCCUGCUGUGUGGAAAACCUAGGGGAGGCUAGGAGGAAAUUUGUGUCCCAUAUAGGCCUCCAGGGUUUUCCCUUCAGAGUUGGUCUUCACUUUCCUCAUGCCCAGAGUGCUGUGUUUUAAAUGUUGAAUAAAUAAAUGGAUAGGUCGAGGUGUUUAA